AUGGCAUAUGCGCGGCUACCAGCGUCGGCGGCCCAACCUUAUCGGCCAGCGAGGCCUCAGGUAGUGCUCGUGCCACCGCCAGCCGAUCCAGGUAUGGUGAGGCUUCGCCCCGUGGCACGGACGCCGACACCAGGCCUCGAGCAACAGCCGGCCAUGCAACCGAUCCCGGGAUGCCCGCGGGGCCUGGAGUACCUGAGUGCCGUGGACCAGCUCCUCGUCCACCAGCAGCUGCAGCUCUUGGAAAUGCUGGUGCCCUACGAGCAGCAGAACAGGUACGUGGUGAAGAACUCCAUGGGCCAGUUUGUCUUCAUGGGGUUCGAACAGAGCGACCUGGCGAGCCGUUGCUGCUGCAGCAACUGCCGGGCCUUCGAGAUGCCGCUGUUCGACUACCGCAGCGUCGAGGUGAUGCGACUGUACCGGCCGCUACGAUGCACUUCCUGUCUCUGCUUCUGCUGCCUUCAGGUGAUGGAGGUCCACGCUCCACCGGGCACCAUCAUUGGCUCGAUCCGGCAGGAUAUCAGCCUCCUACCUUGUUUCUCGGUGCUGGACAGCGCUGGGAACGUGGUCCUCCGUAUCAGCGGGCCCUUCUGCACAUCGGCCAUCUGCUGCGAAGACGUCGUCUUCGACAUCCUCACCAGGGAUGGCCGCACCAAGAUCGGCACGAUGUCGAAGAACUGGAGCGGCAUGCUCCGUGAGGCGUUCACAGACAUCGACAACUUCACGGUGACGUUUCCCAUAGACCUGGACGUCAAGAUUAAGGCCACGCUGUUGGCCGCUCUCUUCUUGAUCGACUUCAUCUUCUUCGAGAGCGGCUCCGGCGGACCGGGUGUGCCGGAUCUUCCCGGGAACGUAAUAAACUAAGCUCCUUCGCUAGCCUAACGCUGACGACUUCACGUUUACGCACGACUUCACUUUUUACGCACCAAUCGACUGGGAGCGCGAUUGAGGGUGUAGACGUGUUUUAAGCG